CACGUACCGUCGCACCUUCCUUCAUCGAUGUUCGCAAAACGCUCCUUCCCAGUGCCACCCAACAAUCUGCUGGUAACAACAUCAACAACAAUCAUGGUGGCCUAGCGGCGGAUUUCCAAUCACCUGUGAACAACAACAAUAACAAUAACAACAACAACAGCAUGAGCAACACCAGCAAUCGCCAUACGAUCGCCGCAAUGAACCAGCUCAACACGGCUGGUGGAGGUGGCGGCACCGGUGGAGUCCUGCUCGGAAACAACAAUCUUGGACCGACGAUCGAGGCGGCCGCAGCAGCCAAUGGGGAACUUAACGAGUUCAAGGGUAUUCUGCAGCGGCGUGCCGAGUGGGAGAAGCGCGCCAAGGAAGGAUUCAAAUAGAGUGUGCUCUACCAGCGAGACCCCCCCCACCGAGGAGCGAGCUCAGCAGCAGCAGCAGGGGUUUUGGGUUCCCCGUUUCUUAAACUUACUUUUUUUGUAGAUUUCGGUGUAUUAGGACCAACUGUAGUGAAUACGAAGCGUACGACGUAGUAACCACAGUUUCCACUCCUUGCAAAGAACAGAAAAGAGGGGGAUAGAGUGAAAUAACUCAAACGCCACCUCUCCAUCAAUUGACGUUAAUGGUGGUGAUAAACUUACGUUACGUGAGUUAUUGUGGGACAGUAGUGGGCGCCUUAUUGUUGGAUGUCGCCCAGAACCGAAUGCAUCUUCCGAUUUCGGAUGGCAAAUCGCAAUGCUUCUACAUUCUGCAUUGUUACUUCAAACAUCCUGCAUCAUCUCUUCCUAGGUAGGUUAGCGAUCAAAAGUAGCUUCUUCAGUAGAAGUAGACAGUCGAGUGUAGUAACAUCGGCUGCACUGCGUCACCACAUCCACCAACCAACCAACCAACCAACCAAUGGCGCGACCGUUGAAAUCCAAAUGUGAUAGCCAAGUGUAUAUGUUAAUAAACGGAGAAUCAAAAACACGAAACAAAAUCACCUGGUCCGCAAGAAAGGCACAUAUUUAAACCAGCUGUAGCUUAUAGUUAUAUAUAUAUACAGAUACAUAUGAUAUAUAUACACACAUACCCCGAACUCGUUGCGUGUUAAGGAAUUGAUAACUUUUUUUGCCCGGUUAAGACAUGUUACGCAAUCCUGUGAGUUACGCCCGGUAUUUUGAGUAAAGUAGUAGGUCUCGCGAGCAAAGAUGGCUGGAUAUAAAAAGCGAAUGGCAAUAGAAUAGAGAGAUUGUAUUUUGCGUAGCUUAGCAACAUGGAUUCUGACCCUAACCUGAAUUCCAAGAUUGAUACUCAAACAGACACACACCUAUGAUAUAUAGAGCUAAGUGAAUAGCGCUGCUUCUCCUGUUGACAAUAUAGAGCACAGUGCUUUCCAUCGGCAAGGACGAAGGAGGAAGCUGGAAAGUGUUUAUCUUGAAGGUGUUGUCUCGUUUUGUGUAUAUAAAUCGUUGAUCUUCCCCUACAGUUUCAAGCCAUUCGUGGUGGUUUUGAUGGAGGUUAGCCACCAAUCGCUCUGCUUUUCUCCAUUCGUCUACUGCGAUCUAUAGGCUAGUAAACCAAGCGAUCGGUUCAAAGUCUAGAUAGUUGGAGAAUGGUCUUCUUCGCACAUGGAAUGCUCGAAAGAAAGCAGCAACUCGUGCCGCUUUUACCACCACCCCUACGCUUUCUCCCAUUCAUCGUUAAAGCUUACUGCGAUCGCUUUUACCAAUUCUCCCUCCCCGGGGCUACCGUUGCGCACCGGUUGCGCAUUGAGAUGUUCGAUCUGCUGAGAAAGGUUUACUGAGAUGAGAGCUCAAGGUAGGGCGUCCGUGCGUUAUUGUAACAUUAUAGCCCGUAAGAUCGCAAUUGCUUCCCCGGAAUGUUUGACACCUGAACGAUAUUUUAUAAGAGGCCAAGGAAAGCCAAGGUGGGCCAAGGGCUUCGCCGCUAGGCUGUCCUUUUGUUAAAUGUUAUUUUUUUUAAUGAUAAGAUCCUAAUCUACCAUGUGAUGGAGGCGCUCAUCAUACGACGGCACGUGCGCGUGGCAUCGAACCGUGUGUGGACCGGAGCCGAGAGAUUUCGUCCUGCAUGCAAUUCACGGGCGAAAGUAUCUGAAUCAAAAUCACUCUUUUUGCGAUAUCGAUGUAUAAUGUAGCACUCUGAUGAGAAAUAAACAAUGCAUCUUCCUGUAAACGUAA